AUGCAAGAAAAGCCGACCACCGUCGCCGCCUACGCGGCUGGGGCUUCCCUCGCAGCCGUUGCACUUUUCUACGUGUUCGGUCCCAACUACACCAUCGACGGAGACGAGUCCAACGAUAACAACCGCAAGAAGAGCAUUGUGGGCCUAUCCAACCUAGCCAAUGAUUGUUUCAUCAAUUCCGUGCUUCAAGCUCUAGCUGGAUUGGGCGACCUCCGCGUUUAUCUGAUUCGGGAGCUACACCGGCGCGAGCUUGAUGGGCCAGACAUUUACAACGCGGUGUCGAGCGAAGAUGAGCUGUCCCGCGGAGCGAAGCAAGACAAGGUGCGGGAGUUGCAGCAGGGAUUGAUUACGCAGGCAUUAAAGGAGAUGCUGGACAGAUUGAACGAGCGCCCGAUAUACAAGAAAACAAUUUCAGCUCGGGGAUUCAUUCAGUCGCUGGAGUUCGCGUUCCGCACGCGCAUCAGUCGUAACCAGCAGGAUGCACAGGAGUUCUUGCAGAUUAUCCUGGAGCGACUCUGCGAUGAGUAUCAUGCUGGUGUACGUGCAAGAAAAAGCGCUCUCGGUGCUAUUGGCGCGCCUGCUGGUCUGAGCGCACAGAGCCCAGAAGCUGAAACCACUUUACCCGACAGCUCGUCGGGAGUGGAAGUUCGGAUCGAUGAUGGGUCUCCUAAUGGCUUGCCUGCCAUUAUUGAUACAAAACUGAAGGAAAUUGAUAAUGAACCGGGAUUUCUGUUUGAGGGAAUGCUUGAGUCACAAAUCGAGUGCCAGUUCUGCCACUACCAGUACAAACCCAAUCAGACGGCAUUCGUCAACCUCACGUUACAGGUACCACAGAAAAGCUCAACCACCCUCAAUGCAUGCUUUGAUGGCCUUCUCAAAACGGAAUACAUCGAGGACUUCCGGUGCGAUCAUUGUCGCCUUCAACAUGCGAUAGGCAUGAAGACCCAAGAGAAGGCUCGAGCCCAUUCCCCGAGUGACCAAGAGCGACUGGGUCAAGAGAUCACUCGAAUCCAAGAAGCAUUGGAGAAGGACCCAGAAGCCGAACUUGAAGGCAUUGAGCUGCCACCUUCUGAUCUUGCACCGAAGCGACGUAUUGCCCGGCACAUGCGCAUUACAGCGUUCCCCAAGGUUAUUGCCAUUCACUUAUCGCGAUCAAUCUUCGACCGCAGUAGCUCUAGCAAAAAUGCUGCCAAGGUUUCAUUCCCCGAGCGACUACCGCUUGGAGGCAUCUUGAAUCAGACGUGGUUUAAGCUUCUAGCAAUUGUCUGUCACAAGGGCAGCCAUCACAGCGGUCACUACGAGUCCUUCCGUCGUAACCACAUCUACGCCCCAUUCUCUACCCCGGAGGCAUUCAGCUCGUAUGCACAGAGCCGCGUCGCCAGCGAGAACCCAUCGGAAGCUCCAAGUCCUCGCCUGGUACCCCUUAGUACAGACGAUAUAGGCGAUAGCAGUGGCCUCUCCCCAGCGACCUCUUCCCUCUCAUUAUCGGGAGCUCCAGCCAGCCAGACCUCCCCCUCAGUACCCCGGCCUACUACCUCCAGCUCUCGACGUUCUCUUCAUAGCACUUUUUCUCGGUCGUCGACUCCCCAACCGACCAGCUCAGAUAGCAGUCCGACCUUGGAUCCCGCACGGGCAAGUACCUCGUCGGCCCCACGAAGCUCUCGGACCAUCCCGCGCUCGUCUGCGGAAACCCCCACAGGGAUCGGAUCGCGUCUUCGUCGCAAGCGCAAAUCGAAUGAUCGGUGGUGGCGGAUUUCGGACGAAAAGAUCAAGGAAUGCAAGACCUCGGACGUGCUGGGCAUGCAGAAGGAGGUGUACUUGCUUUUCUACGAGAUCGAGCGGGCCGAAUCUAGCCCCACUGCCGAGGGACAUGACGGACGUGUGUAG